UCAAUGAGUCAAAAUGUUCUUGUACAAUAUCAAGUUUUCUUGGCGAAUAAUGUACUGAAGGCCAACUGCUAUAACCUCCGUCUACAGCAAUUAAUGCCCCUACCCCAACAUUAAUAGUGAAGCAACACAAGCCAAGUGAAUAGACUAAGAAACAUACUGUUACUUGAUCAAUAUAAUACUAUGUACCGCUGUGUACUGAACAGAUACCCAAAUAAAACCGACAUUAACACUGAUUUAGCCGUAAAUAAAUAAAACGUGUUACGCUUCCAUACGCUAUUGAUUUUGCUAAGUAGGUCGCGAAGAAUUUAAGCAUCGUAGCUGCCGUGCCUGUUGGGGACGUUGGGGAUUUGGGGAUGAUAUUGUCGUGCAGUGUUCUAAUAGGAUCGUGAAAUGGGGCCGUUUUAUAUAAUUAUGUUUUAAUAGAGAUCCCGUGACUAAUAUCCCGCCACUGGAUACAAAAGAGGCUGAUCUAACAGUCUUUACAAUUCAGCGUACAACAAUUUUAUUGACACUCCGCGUUCUUCUAAGGGUUCUAAGGCUUCUAAGUGGUCAAUGAGGGAAAUUGUGAAAGUACAUUCUACCAGUGACAUGAGUUCUUCACCUCCCACCUUCAUCAAGGGUACAUGUACAGACAUGUGCCCUGUAAGAGAGCGCAAAUUGAGGGAGAAGGAGGGUCUGCUGCAUCUGUUGGAGCUCCCCAUUGGUACUCCACUUCACCCUGCACCAGAGGCUCACCCUUAUCUCACAGUAAAGAGCUUCAGUCGCUCAGCUGCUGGUCAGCAUACACCAUAUCAGGAUGACCUGCGACCUCCGGCUAUUCUGUACAAGACAGUGUGCCAUCUUCUGACAAACAUCAUUGAGCGACAGGGAAUGGAGUGGUGCAUAGUGUAUGACUUUGUGUUUGACCGUCUGCGUGCUGUGCGACAAGACCUGGUGAUACAAGGCCUGGGUUCUGUUGACAGCAUCAUGGUGCUGGAGCCGACUGUGCGUUUCCACAGCUAUGCUGGCUACAGACUUUGUGCAGAGCCCCUAUCAAAGUUUGAUCCAACCAUCAAUCGCACUCACUUACUGGAAUGUCUGAAGCAACUCCUUGUGCUUUAUGAUGAAGUUCAGUUGGGCUGCCAUGACACUCCUGGGACUGGAGCAAGAGCAGAGAUGGAGGCACUGUACCUGUUGCUGACGCUAGGCUACAGUGAGACCCUUAGCAGAUCGUUGCAUCUUCCAAGAGAGCUGAGGGAGCAUCAUGCACUGAAGACAGCAUUUGCUAUGUCACUGGCUAUGUGGUGUGGGAACUACAUCCGUGCGUGCGCUUUGUUACCACAGCUGUCACCUCUGUUGAUGUGCAUCGCUGCCCAACAGCUGCCACUUAUCAGGAGACGGGCGCUGCAGGUAAUGUCAUGUGCCUACAGCAGUCAUAAUCUCACAUUCCCACUCAGUACACUGCAGACUCUUCUGCUUUACAAAACAAAGGGACAAGUGGAAAGUGACUGCAGACACUAUAGCAUCUUGGUUAAGGGCAAUGCCAUCUCAUUCUGGAAGGGGGCAUUCCAGCCAGAUACACAUGGCCCUUGUUUGCAUGUGGAGUGUGUGGACACAGUGCUACAAUCAUGUGACCUGCCAAAGCUUCUGUUACAUCCUGCAGUGGACCAAUAGAAACAACAAAAUGAGAGUUUUAGCUAAUAAAUGGUCAGCAUAUCAAAAAUAAAGUGAUAUUAAUAACCUUCAUCCAAGAAUAAGAGCUUUUAAACCUUCCAGUCCUACAGCACUGGUGUCUGCAUUUUAAUGGGAAGGAACUGUAUUAUCACUAUAAAAAUACGAAGUACAGGCAACUGGGCCACAUGCAUACAUCUCUGCAGUCCACAUCCAACAAAGGUUAGUGAAGCGAGGCCUCCAGCAGUGAUGGUACAAACAAAACACUCUCAGUACCCGUGUCACUGAUAUUUUUUUAUAAUUUUUACAUGAAAUGAUUGUCUUGUAUACUGUACAUUUUUGUGGAAUGACUGUCAGCCUUUCCUGUGGUAUUAUUAUAGAGCCUUCAGUACAACAAAUUCGUGACAAAUAACCAAUGUUAUUAUUAUUAUUAUUAUUA